UCGUUCUCGUCUCUCCGAACGAGCACUCUGCAUCUUUUCUCUCUCACACAAACGCUGAGCUGCAAAAGAAAGGCAAACAAAAUCACUUCAACAAAUUUUUCGCCCGGUCGGCGAGCUUGUCAUGCGGAAUCGCGGCUGCCGAUCGGCCGCCACCGCAACCUGACUGUUCGAUCUUCAGAUUGCAAAUACCUGUGGAAGAAUUGACGAACAAACGUUACUGUCAGUGUUUUUCUUUGGACCAACCCCCGGCUCACGCGGCUUCGAGGACAAAGAUGUGCGCGUGAUGAUAACGAACAGUGUCAGCGAAAAGUGUGAAUUAAUAUUUCAUCUCGGCAAGAAGAUGCUGUUCUCCGGGAUUUGGCUGGCGGUGGUGCUGAUGCUCGCCGGCACGGCCUCGGCAGUCAAAGAAGUACCGAUAGCACACAUGGUGGCAAUCGCCGGCGAAGCGACCUACAUGCCCUGUGAUAUCACAACGCCGGAGCCGAUGGACACGGUGGUGCUGGUGCUUUGGUACCGCGAAGACUUGGGCACCCCAAUUUACAGCGUGGACGGCCGAGACAAAAACUUCAGCCAGGCCGAGCGGUGGUCGGACGAACACGUCUUUGGCAGCAGGGCCUACUUCAUAUCAGAGCGGACUCCCGCCGAACUGGGCAUUGACAGCGUCAAAGUCACGGACGCCGGCGUCUACAGGUGCAGGGUCGACUUCAAAGUGGCGCAAACCAGAAACUCGAAAGUCAACCUGACCAUCAUUGUUCCGCCUCAAAGGAUUGUAAUUACCGACGAGGUUGGCACGGAGCGCGUCUCUGUGGUCGGCCCUUACGUCGAAGGCUCCAAGCUCAUUUUACGCUGUGAUGUAUUCGGAGGUCAGCCGGUGCCGAGAGUGCGGUGGCUGCGCAACGAUGUGGUGGUGACCAGUGCGACGCCUCGCAGAAAGAAGCAGUCGCCCAGCGGUGUGGUCAGCGCCGAAAUUCUAAUUGACCAGCUGGACAGGAAGGACGUCCAUUCGGAACUCACUUGUCAGGCCAUUAAUAAUAAUAAGACGGCGCCCCUCUCGGCCAGCGUCCACGUCGACAUGAACUUUCGGCCCCUGAACGUGCUGAUCUUGGGUGCUAAUCAGCCUCUCUCGGCCGGUCGGCGGUAUGACCUCCUCUGCCAGUCCUCAGGGUCAAGGCCUCCAGCGGCCAUCACUUGGUGGAGGAAUGGACAACGGCUCACAAAGUCCAAAGAAACUUCAUCCAACGACGGCAACACGACGACGUCGACGCUGAGCUUCACACCGAGCAAGGAGGACGAGGGGCACUACUUGUCGUGUCGCGCCGAAAACCCUCACCUCAGCGCCGACGCCCUGGAAGAUGGUUGGAAGCUCGAGAUUCUCUACAUCCCGGAGGCGACAAUCCACCUUGGAACCUCACUCAGCCCGGACAACAUCCGCGAGGGGACGGACGUCUACUUUGACUGCCGCGUGAACGCACGGCCGGCGGCCUACAAAGUCGAGUGGAGACACAAUGGGAAGCCUCUAAAUCACAACACAGCAGCCGGUGUAAUUGUCAGCAAUCAAAGUUUGGUCCUCCAAAGAGUUGGGCGAAAUUCUGCAGGAAAUUACUCGUGCGUCGGUUUUAACACCGAGGGCGAUGGCGAGAGCGACGCAUUUUUCCUUGACGUCCUGUACGCUCCGACAUGUCGCCCAACGCAACCUCGCGUGCACGGAGUAGCCAAACAGGAGCGGGCACGGAUUCAGUGCAAUGUGGACGCAAACCCACCAGACCUCAAGUUCAAAUGGACCUUCAACAAUUCAGCUGACAGUGUAGACGUCGCCUCGGCCCUAGUGACCUACAGUGGCACCCAGAGCUGGCUCAGCUACACCCCCAUGACAGAGCUUGACUAUGGGUCCCUCCUGUGCUGGGCUUCCAACAAAGUGGGCAGCCAAAGGUUGCCCUGCGUCUUCCAUAUCAUUGCAGCUGGUCGUCCUGACCAAGUUCACAACUGCUCAGUUCUGAAUUCAUCAACCCACUCGUUUUCUGUCUCGUGCACUGAGGGAUUCAACGGCGGCCUACCCCAGUCUUUCAUGCUGGAAGUCAGGGAAACCACGAGUCAUGAGCUGACGGGAAAUGCUACCGCGCCAAACGCUCCCAAAUUCAUGCUGGGCGGACUCAAGCCGGGCACCAGUUACCGCGCCAUGGUCUACUCAGUCAAUGCCAAGGGCAGGAGUGAGCCGGUCGUUUUGCACGCCAACACCCAACGCCUCCCGGAAAAGCAGCUUACCACUUCAGACUCUGAUCGGCCCCGCUCAGGCAUGAAGCUGACACCAACAAUGAGUGUCCUUGUUGGUGUGGCCGCCGCACUUUUGGUAGUGGCCCUUGUUGCCUGCGCCGUACUCCGUUCCCAGUGUCCAUCAAGAGAUCGACCAAAGAACCGAGCUGGACAGCAGGGAGGAGUUGACGGCGGCUCUUGCAGCAUCGGUCUGGGCCUUCUGGAGAAAACUGGCUCCAGCACACCCACCACACUCAAACUGGAGCCCCUCGCCGCCAUGGGAGCCGUGUGCGAUGGAUCUCCUCCGGACGGAGGGGAUGAAAAAGACCCCGACAUUAUUCCACAGCCCUGCAUCGAUCCAGAUGAGGUUGCCUUUUUGAGACAUCGACAGUUAGUAUCCACGAUAGACACGACGCCACCUCACGGCAGGAGCUCGCACAUACCUCCUCCAGGCCAGUUUGCAGGGUACUGCACCCUUAGGAAUGGAGGACUGGGACUAAGAGACCUUGUAAGACGCUCUCCACAUCUAAAUGAAACUUAUUUUAUGAAUCCAAUAGUGGAGAUUCAGCAAACAGGGUACUCGCAGUGCACACUGCCACGGCCUCAUCACAGUCCAUGGGGUGGUCCCCCUGGCCCUUCAGUGCAAUUGGGUCCUCCGAUGGUGCAGUACGGGUCCAGGUAUGCACCGCCUCCGGUGGUUCCGCAGCUGUCGAAAGCUGAGUUGGCGGCGGUGCCGAGCCAGUUCGAGGACGACCUGAGUGAGGCGCCCUUGGUGACCAAACGAGAGAGCACUGUGUGAAAUUGGAAGAAACAUUGCCGUCGAUGCUCUCAAUAAACUGCUCAAUAGCCCAUUGGGGUGCCGAAGUGAAUGGACAAUUGGGCUCUGCCUGGGCCAGAAUUUGGACACUUUGCUUGCCCCUGGAAAGCUCAUUUGUUUGGCCAAAAUUAUUUACUGUCUUUUGUUGUUGACUAUUUGUGCGUGAAGCAAAAUCAUUUAUGAAGAUCAUUUUUGUAACAUUUAAUUCCAAUUUGUUAAUUUUUAAACCAUUCUCAAAGUUUAUCUGUCACUGUUGCAUUCUGGUCUUUGUUCCUCUCAAGACGCAACUGAAAAAAUGAGAGUCAAACAAUCUGAUACAGAAAAGCAGCAUGGCAUUUUUUUAUUUCCUGCAAUUUUAUGAUCUCAAUUUUUAAGACUGGCUGUGCCAUUGUUGAUCCAAGAAGUGGUACUAUCUAUAAUUCUUGUUGCUAAUAGUGGAGGUUUAACUCGAAAAGUUGAACCGACUAAUUUAUGAAUCGGAUAUUUAGAAUUGAUUGAGGAUCAAGGAAGGACAGAAUGCGGGGAGCAUUUACUGAUUGAAAAUAACUUCCCAUGAAAGUGAAAAACAAAAAAUCUUUAUAUCUGAAUGUUAGGGAAAUAUGAGGCAAUUUUUGUAACCCCAAAGAAACCUCAAUGUUACAUCAUCACUGUUCAUCUAAAUGAAUUUUCAACAUCCCACUUGUGGAGGAUUUCAGACACCCCUUUCCAAGGAUUUCUUUUUGCUGCGUUGAUUGACCAUUCCCCCAUCUUAUAAACUGUGGUUCCGAAAAAGGAGCCGAGUUAAAAAAAAAAGAACAAUCCUCUAUCCACUUGCAUGUACAAGUAAAAUUACAAUUAAAGGAUUUUCAACAUUUUGUGUAUAAAAACGAGAAACAAUGUUGUUUUUUAAUAAAAAUAUGAGAAGAACAAUAACAAUGGGCUUAAUUAAUA